AUGGCUUCUUCUUCUCAUUAUCAUUACCACAGAGAAGAUAAUGAUCAAUUAGAUUCCAUGUUUGAUGAUUUAUCUGAAGAAGACGGUGAUAUUUUUCCAGAACCUAAAGAGCGCAAGAAACGAAUUUUUAUCGAGAGAAACCGGGAAGAAGGCGCCACCAAACUCUGGAAUGAUUAUUUUAGUGCAACUCCAACAUACGGGCAUCGUUUAUUUCGGCGACGGUUUCGAAUGAACAAACCGUUGUUCAUGCGUAUUGUCAAUCGUCUCUCUACCGAAGUACCAUAUUUUCGCCCAACACAAGAUGCAACCGGGCGAUCUGGUCUAACUCCGCUCCAAAAAUGUACUGCAGCAAUUCGUCAAUUGGCAUACGGUGGUGGGGCUGAUACAGUUGACGAGUAUGUACGACUAGGUGAAACAACUGCUGCAAAAUGUUUGCACCGUUUUGCUGCAGGAAUAAUCCACUUGUUUGGAGAUCAAUAUCUAAGACGCCCUACACCGGAGGAUCUUCAAAGACUACUCUUUGAAGGAGAAGAACGUGGCUUUCCGGGGAUGAUUGGAAGCAUCGAUUGUAUGCAUUGGGAGUGGAAGAAUUGUCCUUCCGCUUGGAAAGGAAUGUAUUCACGAGGAACCGGAAAACCAACACUUGUAUUGGAGGCGGUAGCUUCAUAUGACCUCUGGAUAUGGCACGCGUUUUUUGGAGCUCCAGGUACAAUGAACGACCUUAAUAUUCUUGAUCGCUCACCUGUUUUUGAUGACAUUAUUAACGGAAUAGCUCCGCAAGUCAACUUCAACGUCAACGGAAGAGAGUAUCACUUGGCUUACUAUCUCACAGAUGGUAUUUAUCCACAAUGGGCGACUUUUAUUCAAUCUAUCCGACUUCCACAGGGUGAGAAAAAUAAACUAUUUGCUAAAAGGCAAGAAUCAGUCCGAAAGGAUGUUGAGCGUGCCUUUGGAGUCCUGCAAGCUAGAUUCGCCGUUGUUAAAAAUCCAUCUAAAUUAUGGGAAAAAGAAAAAAUAAAAAAUAUAAUGAAAGCUUGCAUCAUACUCCACAAUAUGAUUGUCGAAAAUGAACGAGGUUCAUACAGUCUGCGUAACAUUUCCGAAUUUAUUGACGGAGAAGGAGAAGGUGCAUAUUCCGUCGGUCUAGAUGAUACACUACGCAAUACAAUUGAUGCUCGAAGAAGGAUUCAGGAUACACCAACAAAUCAUCGAUUAAAAGCUGAUUUGAUUGAAAAUAUAUGGGCUAAAUUUGGACAUCUUCCAAAUAACAUAUAA